GGGACAGGAAAAGACCUCCCAAAAUCUACAAGAAACGCUUGCUGGACAAGAUGAGAGACUGUUGUGGGCUUUUGACGUUGAAAAAUGAACCAGUGCCUCUGAAGGGGAUCUCUGUGCAGUUAAAGGUCCAAGGCUUUGUAGCGGAUGUCUGCUCCACUCUCAGCUAUGAGAACUCAGAGUCCAGCCCGGUGGAGGCUGUCUUCGUGUUUCCCAUGGAGGAGGACUCCUCGGUCUUACGAUUCCACGCCGAGAUCGGGGGGGUCAAAAUCCAAGCUGAGAUCCGAGAGAAACAGGAGGCGCGUGACACCUAUGACGACGCCUUGAGCAGCGGACAGCAAGCCUUCCUAUUGGAGGAGAGCGAUGAGAGCCGGGAUGUGUUCAGACUGAGCGUGGGCAGUCUGCCUGCGGGACAGAAAGCGACCGUCUGUCUGUCCUAUGUGACGGAGCUGGCUGUGGAGGCGGACGGGGCUCUGAGAUACUGCCUGCCUGCCAUCCUGAACCCCCGAUACACCCCUGCUGGCGCUCAGUCCCUGACCACUCCAGUGUCCGGAGCCUCUGGAGGGCCGGUUCCCUAUUCGCUGUCUUUCAGUGCCCACCUUGCCUCUCCCAGUGGAGUCGCCCAGGUGAAAUCCAACUGCGACCUCACGCCUCUGGAGUAUCUCGGAGACGACAAGACCCAGGCCCAGGUCUCUCUGUCUCCAGGUCACAAGUUUGAUCGGGAUGUGGAGCUGCUGGUUUACUACAGCCACCCCCACCAGCCCACCGCUAUUGUGGAGGGGGGGCUAGCCUCGGCCACGCCUGGCUCAUUGAUGGGGGACCCGCUGGUGAUGGUCAGUCUGUACCCAGAAUUCCCUGCGGCUGCGUCAACGCCCCAGUCCAGCUGUGGAGAGUUCAUCUUCCUGGUGGAUCGCUCGGGCAGUAUGGACUGUCCAAUGAGCAACAUGGAGUCGGGGCCAAUGCGCAUUGAGAGUGCCCGGGACACUCUGCUGCUUCUCCUCAAGAGCCUGCCCCUGGGCUGUUUCUUCAAUAUCUACGGCUUCGGGUCGCACUUCGAGGCGUUCUUCCCGUGAGUACUGCAGCAAA